UUUUUUCGCCCACACAUGCUCUCGAUGACAGUCCUGAUCAUUUGUAAGCAAAUUUCACAAUUUUGGACGAAAUACUGAAGUUUUAUUGCUCUAAAAGCAUCCUAAAUGAUACGAGUUCAUCUUCUGGUUUCAUUGAUUUCUCAUGUCAACGGAUUCACACCUUAAGGUAUCGCUGUUGAACUCAGAUGAGGAAACUUGUUGCAAUGACACACACAUAUGCAUUAGUUUUCUCUGUCAUCAUGCAUAACAUAAUGAAAGGUGAAGCGAUAAGUUGCUAUACAUGCAGCUCCAGAAAUGGAACAGAUUUAAACUGCCAUGACCCUUUUCAUCCAGCUAUGAGCACUUAUACCGAAGGAUGUAAAGUUCCUAAAGAAGGACACAUAGGACAGUUUCCAGCAAAUUUCUGUAUCAAAGUUAUUGGCAAGACAGAAAUGGAAGAAGAACACGUGAUCCGGGCUUGCACUUUAGAGAACAUGGACAACCAAUGUGGAGUCUUCCGCUUCGAAAAGGAUACUUUGCAAGGAUGCAUUUUGACGUGUGACUACGACGGAUGCAAUAGCCAAAAUCGACUUCUUGCAAAUAGUUUUUUUCUAUCGAUGAUAUUAACUGCUCUUUUUCUGACUUUUGGAUAAAUAUUGCUUAUUUUUUAGUAUUUUGGAAUCCCAGGAUA